AUGACAUUGACAAUAAAAUUACAAUUUGUUGUUGUCUUGCUUGCUUGUUGUUGUACUUUGCCCGGAGUUUUAAAGUUUAGAAAGUUCGCUGAAAUUUAUUAAAGCAAGUGUAAUUUUCGAUUGAAACAUGGCGUUACCUACCGCCCAACCCGCGGAAGUUCUUCGAGCAUGGCAAAAGGACGAUUUGUACGAGAAACAGCUGGCGGAAUCAUUAUCAAAGUUGAUGUCAGCAAGAUACGCUUCCAAAGCGAUACCACUAUCUUCUGUGAUUUAUAGAUCCCUCACAACACUGAAGGACCUUCAAACUCUAGGAGAAGAGUACUCCGGCAUCGUACAAGUUGAUGAAUGCUACAAUAAGUUACCGUCAUACUACAGUCGAUUGUUUAGCAUAAUUCUUUCAACAUUCGGCGAGAACAUUACAAGACGUCUGAUAAACAGCAUAGAAAAGCGUGUCGAACAAAAUCCUUCUCUAACAAUCGAAGCACAGAAUGUACUUUUAGUGAGUCUCAAAACUUUGAGCAGCAUUUUACCUCAGAUACAAAAUAUUCACCGUGGUCUAGCUUAUAUGGGUGGUGGGCCAUUGCAGAUUGGUAAAACGCUCACUGGCAUAGACUAUGUGCACGUGAGACCCGCUGCAGCCGCUUACUACGCUCAUUUAAGACUCCUUGGUAUAGUUACUCUAUUGCACGCUAUUGUGUCUUGCGGCCAGAGUCUGUAUAGAGCAAAGACACAUAUGGAUCAAAUGAAGGAGGUUCCUAAUGAAGUGGAUAGUAAUAAAUCUUGUGUGGCCUGCUUAGAGGAAAUUGUACAGCCUUGUGUUCUUCCCUGCGGACAUAUAUUUUGUAUGCAGUGUUCAUAUGGAGCAUUGGAAAACUGUGCACUAUGCCGGUCACCAUUCACUAAGAACUCUGUUGUGCCAUUGAUGAAUUAUUUUCCUGAAUAAUCUGUAACAAUUAGUUAUUUUUAAAUAUAUCAACUUGGUGGAGGAAAGUAAGAUUGAUGUACCAAAAAAAGCUUUAAGUGGAAUGCUAAUCAUUAUAGGAACAAUUAUUAUGUGUUAAAGCACAAUUUUAUGUUAUUGUAAUAAGAAAUUAUUUUAUAAAUUAUAUAAUCUGUGAUAAGUUUUCUAUUAUUUUCUCUAUGUAUAACAGGGGACUAUAAAUAAAGACAUUGUUUUGUUAAAUAAAAUCUUUUAUUACAAUACAAUAUAAUAAAUUAACAUGAUAAUAACAAUUUCAGCAAAGGACAAGGCAACAUUAAUGACAAUUCAAUGAAGAAAGGGCUACCAUACAUAAUUUCUAGCUUUCUAGCACUAGGAGCUUGAUUUUUUAUGAAUUUAGAACAAGUAUUUAUUACUUGAAAGCACACAUUUUUA